AUGUUUAAGAAUCCCUUCAAACAAGACUGCACCUGUUGGAUUUGUCUAGAGGAGUCUAAUUUUGACUCAGCAUGGAUACGUCAUGAAUGCGGUUGUAAUCUUCAAGUGCAUAAGUUAUGCUAUUUGCAUUGGCUUUACAGUAUCAAUAGGAAUUAUAUUUCAAGAAAUCUAGUCACAAAGAAUUUUAAUCUGGUUACUGAAGAUGAUUUGAAACGCACAAUCUGUUAUUUAGUGGAUGGUCACAGGAAUUUACAUAGGGAAGUUUCGCUAUCUGAGUUCUUAAAUACUCUUCCCUUUAUAAGGUCUAAAAGUAAUGAGCCCAUGUCUUCAUCUGUGGGUAUAAUGAGUCUUUUGGGAAUAAAUUAUACAAUUUCUUUUCGAAUUGUAAGAAGCCCUAUGGCAUUGCCAGUGGAAUUUGCUGACUGUCCUCAGUGCAAAAACCAUGUUGUUAACCAACAAAUAACCUUUACAAGUCGUUCAUUCUUCUUGGCAAUUUUCUAUUGGACUAAAUCAGUUAUUAGGAAUACUACUAUUGCACUUACUUUGGUACUUUCAACUCUAAAUAUUGGAAAAUGGUGGUUCAAGAUUGGUCUUUGGCAGUUAAGAUGUAUUUUCCCGGAAAAUGUACUUCGAGUCAUUUUAGAUAUUAGUACCACUAGGGCUCUAAAUGUUUAUGGUGAGACCAUGAAUGGCCUUGUAAGCAUUCCACAAAUGACCAGGUUUCUAAUCUUUGGGUUUCCCGUGUGUUUGAUGGGGGUCAGAUCAUCCUACCCGACUCUGAAUAGAUUUAGGUGGUUGUAUACCUUGGUGCUGUCAGUUCGUGCUGGUCACUACGAUCCAAAGGCUACGAGAUUACUUUCAAGAACUCUGACUACCUGUAACAUUUGCAUGUUACUGAAUUCAGCGGUGAUCACUCCAUUCUUAUCCAGAUAUUACGAGUAUUUGGUUAAAGCUGUGACUCCCUAUUUCUGUCCCAUUGAUAAAAGCUUAGAUGUAUUCCCCUCACAGGGUUACGGUAAUGUGAUCAUAAAGACCUCGUGGUACGAUGUUCUCUUUGAAUCAAUAGUUUGGCCUGCUUUUGGUAGCCUGGUGGGCGGUAAAUUGUUCGAUGCCGUGACAUGGAUACAAAGAGAGUUUGGAUUAAACUGGACACCUUCCUGCUCCCCCAACGAUUGUAGGAUGGUCUUCAAUUUUGUUGGUUGUGGCCUAACAGCUGUUGCAAGGCAGUUACUGAAUAUGUGGGCUAGUCAUAUGAGAGCAAAGGAGUUGAAACAGCUUCAAGAAAGUAUCGAAGAAAAUACCCAAUAA